UAAAGUCACAGAUUUAUAUAUUCAUCUCUAAUCAUUAUAUUGUUUAACAGAUUUUCAUUCAUGUAAUCGUUUCUAGAAAUUAUUUCUCUUAUAACACAAGAAGAAGAAAACCAGAGCAUCAUAUCAAGUUGUACAUGUGAUAAUAAUAAAAAAACAGAGCAAGUUACAAUAUAUAUAUAUAUAUAUAUAUAUAUCAAACAAAUUAUAUCAGCAAGACUAAUGAUCUCUUGUUGAUUAAGAUCAGAUCAGUGUAAAGAAUCAGAAGGCAAGAAACUAAACAUGACCAUAUCUCUAACAUUUCCUUUAAGACACAUAAACUUCCUCAUCACACCUUCUCUUGUAAACCCAACUUUUUCAAGAACCUUUUGAGAUCCGACGUUAUCCACGUCGACAAGCGCCUCAAGCCUCUCCAUCUCCGGCUUCUCCUUGAAUAUCUCCGCCGCGACAAGCCUCACCGCCUCCGUCGCGAUUCCUUUCCCCCAGUACUUGCUUCCGAGUACAUACCCGAUCUCUCCUCUGAUCUUAUCGACGGGGGUGACGGAGAUCGAGCCGAUCGGACGGUCGUUGUCUAAGCAGAUAGCUCGGAGCCAAGGGUGUGGCAAAACGACGUCGUUUAUGAAAGCGAUUCCGGCUUCUCGGCUCGUGUAAGGCUCCCACGUGCAAAAGCGCGUGACGUUGGAGUCGGUUGCCCAGACCAUGAAAUCGUCGAUGUCGGAGAGAGUCAUUGGCCGGAGAUGGAUUUUCUGGGCGGUUUGGAUCUUCUCCGAUUUGAUGGUCCAUGAGUCGAUCUCCAUCUCAGAUGACGAUUCUUUCGAGUUUUCUUGGUUUGUUUCCUCUUGAGGCAUAUUGAAGCUUCGUUCUUUUGAGAAAUUUCAAGAAAUAUUCUACCGGUUUCUUAAUUCUCACAGAUUCCUAAAGGCAAUAUGAUUACUCGGUUCUACAUAUCUGCGAUUUAAAUAGUCAGAAAUUUGUAACAAAAUAAUAAGAUGAAAUAAAAACAGAACUUUCCUUCUUGCUUCGAACGGUCAACAAAUACGCAACAAGAAGGUCUCGAAUCAUUUUUUUUUGGACCAUAAGACCAUAAAUGCCACAUGGCAAAGCAUAUUUGGUCAUUUUUCCAAUAAGACCAUUCAUUGUUUUGUUUUCAUUUAAUUCGUUCGUGUAAGAAAAUUUGUAUAUAGAAACUUUCCGGUGGUAUAUAGUUUAUUCAUGUGUGUUUGUAUAUAUUUCCCCCCUAAUUGUAAUUUAUUUGUAUCGAGUAGGGGAUACAAAAAAAAGAAAAUAAAAAUUGUAUUUAAUGAAAAAUCAGAAAAUAGAAAAAGAGAAAAUGUUAUUUAUCCAGACACCCUCUCCAGAGCGCGCAAGAGACGGAGUGUUCACUAAAAAGAGAAGUUAAUUAUUUAAUUUUAAUGGCGACUCACAAUCUUUUCUCUAUCCCAAUCUCACCUUUCCAAAUUACAGUUUUGCCAUUCUCCUCCCCCCUCACGAACAACGGGACAAGAAGACGCCUUGCAAUCACCGCCCGAUCCCACCGCCGGAAGAUUCGUAGGAGACCUCCGGAUAGAAGAGACAUGUCCGCCAUAGUUUCAAUCCCGGAGCUUCCUCGCAGGCGGGAUUCACAGGAAAGCCUGCUUCUAGAUUCUAGAAUUAGUGUAGCUGAAGGAGAUAUAUCAAAGACAGAUGAAGAAGGAGACAGAGAUACUUCCAUUAGAACACAGCCUCGUAAAGGAAGAAACCUUAGUAGCAAAAACAAAAUUUUCGGUGUUGAAUUAUCACCGGACAAUUUCGCAGUAGCAAUGGUGUAUUUUGUUCAAGGUGUUUUAGGACUCGCGAGGCUCGCUGUUAGUUUCUAUUUAAAAGACGACUUGCAUCUUGAUCCUGCAGAGACAGCUGUGAUAAUGGGUCUUUCUUCACUGCCAUGGCUUGUUAAGCCUCUCUACGGUUUUAUUAGUGAUUCUGUGCCUUUAUUUGGCUACCGAAGGAGGUCAUAUCUAGUUCUCUCGGGACUUCUUGGUGCAUUUUCUUGGAGCUUGAUGGCUGGUUUUGUCGACAGUAAAUACAGUGCUGCUUCUUGUAUACUUCUCGGUUCCCUUUCUGUCGCCUUUUCUGAUGUUGUAGUAGACUCAAUGGUCGUGGAACGAGCUCGUGGUGAGUCACAAAGCGUGUCGGGAUCUCUGCAGUCUUUAUGCUGGGGAUCCUCAGCUUUUGGUGGAAUUGUGAGCUCCUACUUUAGCGGCUCCCUCGUGGAGUCCUACGGUGUGAGGUUUGUAUUCGGGGUGACAGCUUUGUUACCUUUGAUAACUUCAGCAGUUGCUGUUCUCGUGAACGAACAACGUGUGGUCAGACCAGCAUCAGGGCAGAAAGAGAACAUUACCUUGGUCAGUCCUGGCUUUCUUCAGACCUCAAAGCAGAACAUGGUUCAGCUAUGGAGUGCCAUUAAGCAACCGAAUGUUUUUCUCCCGACCUUAUUUAUCUUCUUAUGGCAAGCCACACCACAUUCCGAUUCUGCCAUGUUUUACUUCACAACGAACAAGCUCGGCUUUACCCCGGAGUUUUUAGGACGAGUUAAACUUGUGACUUCAAUCGCUUCAUUACUUGGAGUGGGACUGUACAAUGGAUUCCUCAAGACUGUUCCAUUGAGAAAAAUCUUUCUCGUGACAACCAUUUUCGGCACCGGUCUAGGGAUGACUCAGGUUUUCCUCGUGACGGGUUUCAACAGGCAGUUGGGAAUAAGCGACGAGUGGUUUGCUAUCGGAGACUCUCUAAUCCUAACAGUUCUUGCUCAGGCUUCGUUCAUGCCGGUUCUUGUCUUAGCAGCGAGAUUGUGUCCAGAAGGAAUGGAAGCAACGCUCUUCGCUACACUCAUGUCAAUCUCCAAUGGAGGCAGUGUUCUUGGUGGACUUAUGGGGGCAGGGCUGACCCAAGUGUUCGGCAUCACAAGAGACAGUUUCGAUAACCUAUCAACGCUUAUUAUACUCUGCAACCUUAGCUCACUGCUCCCUCUGCCUCUACUCGGUCUUUUGCCGAAAGAUUCUCCAGAGACUGUUGCUAAAGAUGAUGCAGACAUCGAGAUGAAAUCCAAUUGAAGGAAAAUGAUGAUUAUGUCAAAAGUAAAAAUGUCAUACCUUUUGGGAUUUGGUGUAUUCAGUUUCAACUCUGAGAUCACUUGAGAAGAAUGAAGCAAGACUUUAACUUGAAAACUUAUUUCAUAACCACGUCAUGUAACCAAAAUAUUGUCAUUUACAAAGAAGAAAAAAAACUAAAUAGUGGUAAUGAUGGUAAUCUCGACAGUUAAAUUUCUAACAUGAUUUUUGGAUUUGAUUCAACAG